AUGAUCGUGGCUCGUUGUCAAGUUAUUUAUAAUCAACUACCAGGUGCCAUUGUUAAAGUAACAUUUAAGAGUACAAUUGGUAUUAAAUUUGAUUCAAUUCCCGAGAAAAUACGUUCAAGAGCAAAACAGAUCUUGAAAGAUAAAAAUGAACAAUAUUGGAAUGAUUUAGCGAUUAAACAAAUAGAAUUAACAAAUAAUCGAUUUGUUUUUAGACCUAUGAAAUAUGAAGAAGAGAUACACAAUCGUUCAACAAUAUCAUUAACACCAAAAGAACAAUGGAGUAUUACAUUUUUAAAUAACAUGUAUGCUCGUUCUAUUGAUGGUCAUUUAUUGUAUGUUCGAGAUUAUGAAUUUGAAACAUAUAUACUAACAGAUACAGAAUCGGUCGUUAAAAGUGAUUCUCGUCUCACAAAUGCAGGACAAUUCUUUAGUAUGUCAUUCGUAUUACCAGUUGAUCCAACAUUAAUUGUUCAACGAACCGGUUAUUGUUGUAUGGAUGAAUCACAAUAUCCACCGAAUUCAGUUGAUGCUGAAGAUGUUAAAAUUUAUUUUAAUGAUACAUGUCAAAAAGAAAAACAACAAUCAAAACGAAUAUUUGGUUGUCAACAAUGUCAUUGUUCAUUACCGUUACCAAAUCGUUCAUGUCAUGAAUGUAUUAAACAAGAUAUUGGGGGUGUUAAUGUUACUAUUAAAUUUCAAAGAAUUAAAUUUAACACAACUUUAGCUAAUGAAAUAAGAUAUCCAAAGAAAUUAGAAGAACGAAAUGGUAAAGUUCCUUAUUCAAAUUUGGUUGCCUAUAAACCGGAUUUUAUGGAACAAACUCGUUUGGUUUAUUAUUAUAUAGCCCCCGGUGCUUGUGAAUUAGCUGAAGGCUGUGUUGGUGGAACUGGCUGGAGACGUUUAUUACGUUUUUCUGCUACAUUACAAAAUAUGGGUAUACAGGGUGUUAUUAUGGGUCGUUUAAAUUACUUUUUAGGUGGUCCACCAUCAGAAUUAGUAACAAAAUAUCAUUUAUUUGAAUAUAGUCCGUGUCAUAAACAUUAUCAUUUUUAUCAUUAUGGUAAAUAUACCUAUGGUCGAAAACAGCAAUCAAUGAAAAAACGUGGUUUCUGUUUGGCAAGUGUUUAUCGAGUAGCUAAUGCUGAAUGGAGUCCAUUGGGACAAGAUCAUUAUACCUGUUUGAAUCAAGGUAUAUCAGCUGGUUGGGGAGAUACAUAUAACGAUGCUUUGGUCUGUCAAUGGAUUGAUGUUUCCAACUAUGAUACAAGCGUUAAGCCCAUUACCGAUACAUUAACAACAGAUGAUAAUCCCGAUAGUUUUCUUUGUGAAGGAAAACCGGUACUUGCUAAGACAGGAGACCAAAUAUGGAUAAAAACAAAUUUUACAACAACAUGUUGCUCUUCACAAAAAACAGAAGGGCAGUGUUGUUCAUAUGAUAAAGAAAAUGGUGCCAAUGGAACAGAGUGUUGUAAUGGACUGCCAGUUUAUAAACGAAAAUGUCAAUAUUUUGAUAAUUAUCGACAAGAUAAUAUUUUAAAAAAAGAAUUCACGUUGGGGUUGGAUGGUAAUGGACAAAUAACAGAUAGUUGUCAAUAUCGUUCAGGUUCAUGGAGUGAACUAAGAGAUUGUGGUUUUCGUCUUAAACGUAAAUGGAAUUAUUUAUCUUGUGUAUCACCAGGUGAUCAAGUGACAUUGAAUGUUUCAUUGUCAUCCGAAGCUCUACGAAAGCAACAACAAUAUCAAAUAUUUCGUGUUUGUGAAUCAAGUGUUCAAUAUAAAGCUGGUGUUGCAUGUUUUUAUAAUAAUUCAUUAGCUAAUGUUAUUGUUACAGAUGAGUGGAAGCUGGUCAAAUUUCAAUGUCCAACGAAAAGAGCCGAUAGCCAAAUUGAAAUUGGUGGACAUUAUUCAAUUUACGUUGCGCCCUAUUUUGAAGAAGAUGAACAUAAUGCAACUUUUAUUCAAUGGAACGAAAUUUAA